ACUAUGUUCAUUUUUGUUUUUCAGAUAAAUUAGUUUUUUUGGCAGAAGUUUUGCCAUUUGAUUUGAGCAGUGUGUAACUUGUGACUUACCGCUGAGGGAAUGUGGCUUAAAGGGAAUGACUGAGACCAACUCAACUGUUAACUCUGUCAAUGGAAUAUACUGGGGUGCCAUUAUUUUAAUUCUCGGAUUUCUAACAUUUGGUUUGCUUGGACUUCUCUAUGCUGCCCUAUAUCUGCUUUGUUUCUUAGCAGGAGUUGUAGCAAUUCUUUACGACCACAGCCAAGGAAAUGUGAAACAAAGUGUCAAAGCUUUUGCGUUUGCAAGAACACCAGAAGCUUUAUCUUUAUCUCAAGGCAUUCCAAAGGUGUUGGAAACAGACUACUCAAAACGGGAUUUCAAUAUAGAUCGUCGUUUAACAUCAUCAAGCAGCAUUGAUGAGAGAUUACAUGAGUGCCUCGACUAUUUACUCCGUGACUACAUCAAGUAUUGGUACAACGGAUUAUCCGAUGAUCCCGAGUUCCUCCACAGUUUCCUCGUUACUCUUCAUGAUGUCAUCAGAGCUCUUUCAUCCAGGUUCAGCAGCAUAGACUGGCAACCUUACUUAACCAAGAACUUGGUUGAAGACUUUGCUUCCCAUGUUAAAUGCUUCCGCAAAGCUCAAGUUGAAAUUCAAGAAUCCCAGGAGGACAUGUUGUCAUGGAAACAAAGGGUAGAUGCAAUGCAGACAAGCCAGCAGUCUACAGAUUCUGUCGAAAGUUUAUCAGCAUCACAAACAAACAAUAACAAUAAAUCUGAUGGGUCAGACAAUGGAUCAGACAAAGCAGUGGAAACGAUUCUGGAUUGCUUUUUCGAUUUCGAAAUCAAAUUUUCCAAAACUUGUCGAGAAUUAGUGUCUUUUGGUGUCAAAAAACAAAGUGAAUAUUUACAAGAUGUGAGUGAAGUCUUAUUAUAUCUCUUGCUUCCCGUCGAUGAAUUUCAUUGUCGACCGCUCAAAUACAUGAUGAGGGAGCUUUUAGUACAUGGAGUAUUUCUUCCAAUGUUUAAACUGUACAGUGAUCCAGACUACCUCAAUCAGUACGUCAAUUGGCUGAUAAGCGACAAUUGCAUUACAAGUGAGUGGUUUCUUAACGUUUUACGACACAGCUCCGAGAUCGGUGAAUUACACUCGAUACGUGAGAAAUGUGACGAAGAAAUCGCUCGACUGCGAGCCAAGGACACGGUCGGAGACGACCCCGCCAUUAAACAACAGCUCGGUAGCAUGAGGUAUGUGAAAAAUCUAUGCGAGCGUCAGAUAAGGAAGAAACAUGACGGCAACGUUUACACUGAUAAUAUAGAACUUGAUUUGGAAGGUUACCAAACUGAGAAGAGCAAACUAUACAAUCUUCCAUUGAGUGUGAUAUUGAGGAACAACAUCGCUCUACAAAUUUUUAUUGAAUACAUGCAGUCAGUGAAUGGGCAAGCAUAUCUGUUCUUCUGGUUAACAGUGGAUGGAUAUCGUGCGUCUGCUGAACAACAACUUAAUGAAGUGAAGCUGCAACAACUACAAGGUGCCAUACAACGAACACCUGACAUGGAGAUGCUUCGUGCCAUAGGACACAACAUAUAUGACCAAUACCUCAGCAAACAUGCAGAACCACGGGUGCCGCUGGAUCAAACAACAGAUAGAGCCUUGAAGAAGAAGCUUGACUCUGGGGAGCCAUCGCCUUAUGUGUUUGAUGAUAUUCAACAAAAGGUGUUUGGCAUCAUGCAGAAAAGUGAAUCUUUCUUCCCAGCAUUUAAAGCAAGUCCUUAUUACAUGAGGUUGCUUGCUGAACUUGAUCUGCUGCGCGAAACAAGUCUAACAUCAAAUGACACCAAUGGUUCUGUGGGUUCGUCACUUGAUGAUAUAUCAACAUCGGAAAAUGAAGAAGUCAACAAACUAACUGCUGUUAUAACACAAACAGGCAUAUGUAAGGAGCAUGGGAAAACAUACGCCAUGUUCGCUGUCACAGUAACUCGUCACUGGGGUAAUGGUAGGCAGGAAUCAUGGGAUACUUUCCGCAGAUACCGAGAGUUUUAUGACCUUCAUUUAAGUCUGAAGGAAAAUGGAAGCAACUUGAGCACCAUCCGCUUCCCCGGGAGGACUUUCUUCAAAGAUCUAAAGGAGGACUUCUUAGAGAGGAGGAGGACAGAGUUGAACCAAUACCUCAGUUCUGUUCUAUCACUUGAACAUUGUGGGAAAGCCAUGGAAUGUUUACAUACCUUCCUGGACGCAAAGGCUUAUCAGAAAAAUCCAAGAACUUUUGCAAGCAAAAUGGACUCCAUGAUGCGAGAAUCAGCGCAGAGCGUCGCCAACUUCAUGAGCCAAGCUCCGGAUAACCUUAUAGGUGGAAUACAAAGAGCAUCCGAUAAAGUGUCCGGAGGAAUUCAGAAGUUUUCCGAUAAACUUCCUGGAUCAGAGAGGAAACUUAGCAAUGAGGAAAACCACAUCGAAUAUAACAUCGAAAACAACAUCCCGCUGCGAAUCCUACUUCUCCUUAUGGAUGAAGUAUUUGACUUGAAGCAAAGAAACCAGUGGUUACGUCGACAGAUGGUUGCUGCAUUACAACAAGUCAUAACUACUGUGUUCGGGGAUCGAAUGAACAGAAAAAUCGUGGAUUACGUGGAUAAUGCAGUUUCAGCUCAGCAGGUGAGCGAGUACAUUCGGACUUUCCAAGACUCGUUUUGGCCAGGUGGAAUACUUGCUGAUGUCACACCAGUUCGUGAUGACAUCACGGUCAUGAGAACUCGUGUUCUCACAAAGACCAAACUUCACGGCGUGAUACCAGACGAAGUACGGCCGCUCGUCGGUAACGAGACAAGUAGACGAGGUAUGGCUCGACUGUUUGAACUUCUCCAACAUCAAGAGCUCAACACGAGGUUCUGUUACGUUCUAUUAGAAGGUGUGCUGUGUCGUGUGUUCCCAGAAAACAGAUUUCAAGAUCUCUUCACGAAGUUUCACUCCUCGUCACCUAAGAUGCGCUCUCACAAGAGGGCACUUAUGACACGCGGAGUCGACAAGUGGAAACAAGAAACUCGUGAGCGAAAGUCGCGCGUUCUACGUCGUUUCGAAUCGUGACGUAGAAUCCCGUGUGUGACGUCAUAUACGUUACGUAGAAUCUCGUCUCUCACGUCAUGUAAUUGACGUAGAAUCCCGCCUACUACGUCAUAUUCAUGACGUAAUAUCUCGUCAAUUCAACGAUUAAGUUUCGGUGCUUUUUUUGUCGCAACAUUCAGCAGUCGAAUGUUACGUCACUUCUACCCGUGUGUGCAAUCUUACAACAUGGUUGCGUGUCCUGUGAUCUACUUUAUUCGUGACGUCAGAGUGACGUAACGCCCCUUGUGCAAUCUCAACAUCACCCACUCGUUACGUCAUCCGUCUUUGUGAUUACGAAUGACGUCAUCAUCACGUCAUCCAAAUGAUUGACACCAGCAACUCAACUUCUCUCCUUGAAUGAUUUACCUGAGCCUAACAUUUGCAUCUGAUCUUAUACGUCAUCAUCGUAUCAGUGACGUCAUCAACAAUGACAUCAUAACCAUAUUUAACACUCAGCAGCUUAAGAUUUCCAACUUAAUUCUAAUAAUUCAAUCAGCAUCCAAAAUGAUGCAGCGUCUUUUUAACCAACUCCUAAACAUAAAAUUUAAAUUUUCAAGUGAUUUUCACACUGUAGCGCUAAAGAUAUAGUACAAUUGAAAAGCAAACGCAGAUGGUUAAAACCAUUUCCCUUCGAUUUUCGCCAUGUUUUUGGUCUCGAUUGAAACCCCCUUGCAUUUUUCACCACGUACACCAGCGUAGCUUUAUACGUCGUUUACUCACAUGUACUAAGUGUCUAGUGCAAUAGAAAUUGCUUAUUGUUAACGUGCAUCACCCAUUGACGAAAUAAACGCGCACUGUGAAUAAUCGAA